CGCUCUCCCUCUCUAUCGACCAUUCUGACACCAUCCUUCCAAGCCAUUGAUCGUGGUGACGUGCUAUCACCGGCUCUGUUCAAUUGACAACUAGCAAAGUUCCCGUCGGCGUCCGUACUGUUUGCCACAAUGGUUCUACGGCCCAACAAUUCUCCCUUGACUCCGGAGUUCGACGCGCUGGUCGAGGAGAAACUAGCCAAAUGGAAGGUUCCUGGACUCACAGUAUCAGUGGUCCAUGGCUCCAGCACUUAUGCUAAAGCAUACGGGAUUGCGGAGUUUCCCGAUAAGAAGAUGACCGUCGCGUCUCUCUUCGACACGUGCAGCACCACGAAAGCCUUCACUGCGGCCCUCAUGUCGAUGGCCAUUGACCACAGCAAAGCCACACCAGCUCCAAUCCGCUGGGACACUCCCGUCUCGUCGCUGAUCAGGGAUGAUUUUGUUUUGGCAGACCCGUACGCCACCGCCAACACCACCGUCGAAGAUAUGCUCUCCCACCGCUCCGGGCUACCGGAGCAUUUCGGCCCCAUGUCCCUCGCCUUUCCAAACGAGACCCUGCGCGAAGAGGUGCGCAAGCUCCGCCACCUGCCCCUUGCAUUUGCUCCCCGGACAACGUUCAACUACUGCAACCAUAUGUUCAUGGUUGCCUCGCAUGUGCUCGAGGAAUUGUCCGGGACAGGUCUGGGGAGCAUGAUGAAAGAGCGGAUCUGGGAGCCUCUUGGGAUGACCGAUACGUAUUUUUCGAACAAAGAGGUUCUCGCGUGUCCGUCGACCGCACGGCGUCUGGUGAAGGGCUACACCUGGGAUCCUACCACGAAUCGCCACGUCGAGCGCCCUUACAUGGAUUACGCGCCGACCACCGGCACGGGCGCGAUCGUCAGUAAUGUCCUCGACUAUGCGAAAUGGAUACGCACGAUGAUAUAUCGAGGAGCGCCGAUUUCACUACAGGGGUAUAAGGAGCUUUUGUCUCCGCGGACCAUCAUCCAAGACUGGGAGGACUUGAUCAUCCCGCCGGGACAAGUUCACCUCUAUGCGCUCGGGUGGUUCGUGGAUAACUACCAUGGCGAGCAGAUAUUCUGGCACUCGGGGAGCUGGGAAGGGUUCGGCAUCAUGGUGGGCUUUGUCCCGAGCAAGAGAUUCGGCUUUGCCAUGAUGGGCAACACGCAGAAGGCGAGAUACGCGGAGCUGGAGCUCUACCUCUAUCUCCUUGAUCAGUUGUUGGGCAGGUCGGGCGAGGACAGAGAGGCCUAUAUUGCCAAGAUUGAUGCCAUUGUGCAGGAGAGGCUGAGAACACAGCUGCAGAGCCUCGAGGAGGUCAAGCGUCGACUGUUUCCAGGAUUUACCCAUCAAUUGCCCCUCCCGUUGUCGCUGGAUGACUAUACAGGCACUUACUCGCAUCCAGGCCAUGGCCCCAUCACACUGUUCCUGAAGGAUGAGAAGCUGCAUGUGAAUCUGAUGGAUCGGGUGGCCAAGGGAUGGAUGCGCUUUGAGCAUGUGAGCGGGGUGUUCUUUGUUGUGAAGGGGUAUAAGCCCGAAGCAGAAGGGGUUGAUCCUGAGUACAUGGCGGCGCAGUUCCACGUGGGCGUGACGGGGGUGGUGGGGAGGCUGGGCUUGGACCUGGAGCCUGCACUGAAUGGACAGAUGAUCUGGUUUGAGAGGGUGUCGGGCCGACAGUGAUCUUGACCUCCCAGCUGCAUUGCCGCCUCACGUUCAACUAUUCAAAGAAUGAUACACAUGACAGU